GACACUGAGACAUUGACAAUGAGAGUGAGAGAGAAUGAUGUUCCAGCAAUCCAGCUUCUGUUCCAAUCCUCUCUCUCAGACCACCUUUUUCUUUGGUCACCCACUUCUUCACCACCACCAACAACUCUCCCUCCAUUCUCCUAGAAGAGCCAAACCUUCCACCUUCAGAGUUUCUUCUCUUGGUGCUGGUUUCUUUGAUAACAUCGCUCAAAUUGGCAAUAACAAGGUUUUGGUUGCAGCUAGUACUUCUAUGGCAAUUGGGCAGCUUUCUAAGCCAUUUGCUUCUGUUUUUCUAUAUGGGAAGGAGUUUGAUGUCAAGUCUCUUAUUCAAGCUGGAGGGUUCCCAUCAUCACACUCUUCUGCAACAGUGGCUGCUGCAACAAUCCUUGGCCUUGAGAGAGGCUUCUCAGAUCCCAUUUUUGGUCUUAGUGUUGUGUAUGCUGGUCUCACUAUGUACGAUGCUCAGGGUGUAAGAAGAGAAGUAGGGAUUCAUGCCAGGACACUAAACAAACUACUGCUCAAGAUGCAUGUAAACUCUUCACUUUCCAAAGACAGAGAAGGUUUGAUCAACUCCCAACCGGGAUUAUCAAAGCCACCGAAAGUAGAAGGCAUUGAGAAGUCCAUUUUGUCCAAAGAAGUACCACAACAGGGAAACGCACGGCUAUUAGUUAGUUCUGGAAGCAAAAUAAGGCAAACUGAUACGGAGCUACUAUCUUCUGGCUUAUCAGCAGAUGCAGAAGAAAUCUCAAAGUUGGUUGCUGAUGGUCUACUUCCAUUAAAAGAAGCUGUUGGUCAUACCGAGGUUGAAGUCAUAGCUGGUGCUUUACUAGGUGUUUUAGUUGGUUUAGGUGUGUAUAAUUUCAUAUAAAGUCUUGAUUUUUGAUGAAAACUUUUAUGUUACAUCUUACACCACAUAGAUUAUUAAAUUGAAAACCAUAGUGAAUUGGAAAGGAGUCAGUUUUUCUUUUUCUGUAUACACCAAGGGUGUUCCCUAGACUAAUUUCUUUCGAAACUUAGAGAUUAUUGGAGUGGACAUAUUGUGAAUUGGUAAAAUACUGGAGUGAUAAAAAGAAAAGAGAGGUAUUAUAUAAUACCUCAUUUGCUUUGA